CAUGAAGCGCGCGCGUGACCGGGCGGGUUGAGUUGAAGCGCCGAGGGCCGGGCGGGGGAUCACGGGCGGUGUUGUUGCAGCGACAGCGAUGGGGGUUUGGAGCCACAGGUUUGGGCUUGUGCUGCCCUUGAUGCUCGCUGCGUUCCCCUGUAUCGCAGGUGGACCUUUGCAUGCACAGUGCAAGGUUGAAUGGACAUUUGGGAUUCCAUGUAUGAAUGUGUAUCUGGAACUGGUCAGUCAGAUUAAAAAAUGGACGACUGCUGAUAAUUGUGUAAAUGGAGGGGAAAAGUGUUUGUACACCCUAAAGUCUGCAAAUAAACAUUUCAUUGUGGCUCAGCACACCACUCCAGUGCACAAAUAUGUUGAUGACCUCACAUUCAAAUUGUCUUCCUCUUUCAAUAACGGAUCCUGCUAUGUCUCUGGUUUCUCUGUUUCUGAAGUAUGGUAUGCAGUCUUUGACUAUGGUACCAACUACUGCAACCUGCACAACCUUAUUGAAGGUAGUGGCUUGGACAAAGUUUCAGGUUACAGUGAAUCAACAAGCAACUUCAAUUGCACUCAGUAUUCAAAGGCUAAUUGUACUAUCUACUAAAUGUAGUGUGCUUUAUUAAGAAAAUCAGGAAGCUGCAUAUGUUGCUUGACAGGGUGUUUGUUUUUCAAUCCAUGUUUGAAGACUUUCGAAUGAAUGUCAUAUAUUCAGUCUUUCCUCCAUUAUAGUACCAAAGUACUUUGAAGUGCCUUGGGUAAGAAUUUUUUUUUUUUGGCUUUAUAUUCAGUAGUAUCAGGCAUUCUACCCAUUUACUAAUUGGGCAAUUUGUAAUUCAAAUUUGAUACUUGUCACUGAAGUGAAAUAUUGGAAUAUUAGAAAAUUACUGAGCCCCAUUAGUUAUUUUCAUACUGUAUGGGAUUCAUCAUAAUCUACCUUGAUUUCUAUCUAUUUUUAUUCUACCAUGUGCAUGUGGCAUAUCGCCUUGAAUAUAUCCCCACCUUAUUUUGUUUUAACUCUCCCUCCCACUACUGAUGGUUAAUUAAGUGCCAAACCAUAAUAGUGGUAUUAAUAUUUCAUAAUAUUCCUAAAUGUUCCUGCCCUGUUCUAUUUAUGUUUUUCUCGUGGUUCCUUAACAAUUUUUUGGAAAUUCCAUUUGCUUGGAGAAAUAUUUUGCAGCAUAUAGUUUCUAAUCUCAAUAAAUUAAAAUAUUAUUCUGUUUUCUACUUAAAGCCACCUUUCCCAGUAAUAUAUUUGAGGGGUUGCUUACAUUUCAAAGACAAAUUUGAUAGGGAGUACUUGACAAUGUGAUGGCGAAUUUGAGAUAUGCUGUGCAGGUUGCCUGGUGAUGAGUAAACAAACCAGAGGAGGAAAACGAGGAAGACGCUAAUAUAUUAGCUUGAUUUAUCCAGUAGCCCCUCUCAUUAAUACUGGUUCCAAACUUUGACAUCUCCAUUUUAAAUCAAUGAGUAAAGAAAGAAAACACAGAACAUUUACAACUUAUUUUUAAUCUACAGCCUGAUUAAGGAAUCUGUUUUACAAGUACAUGAAGAAUAAAAAUGCCUUUGUAUUAUUAUAACAUUGUUGUCCAAUAAAACUAAGUGUUUUACUAGUU